ACGGGCUGCCCAUGCACAGUGACUGGUUGUUCGUGCCUCACUUAGUGUUGGAACUGUAAUGCUUAUAUUCUCUUUACAAAAUGUCCUGUUGUAAACUCGGACCGGGGUACCCAUCCCCACUCGACGCAUUCAAAAACGGCCCUAGGGAAGAGUUGCUGUAUGUGGUGUGCGUUCAACCAGAUCAGACUAAGGAAGAUUACCUCGCAACUGUCGACGUGGACCCUAACUCACCCACAUACAGCCAGGUCAUCCAUCGCACAUACACUGGAAGUCCAGGAAACGAGAUUCAUCACAGCGGUUGGAAUGUCUGCUCAAGUUGCCACGAUGAUCCUGAAUUGGAAAGAAAUUUACUUAUCUUACCAAGUUUACACUCCUGCAAUAUCUUCGUUGUUGACGUUGGUACCGACCCGCGCAAGCCAAAAUUGCACAAGGUAAUAGACGGCUCUGAGAUGAAGUCAUUCAACUGCAGUUUCCCUCAUACGACACACUGUUUAGCUAGUGGCGAAAUCAUGAUAUCGACUAUGGGGGAUAAAGACGAAAACGGAAAGGGGGAUUUUAUUCUCUUUGAUGCGAAAACUUUGAAAGUGAAAGGCACUUGGACAAAAGGAAAAAAAAUAGCCAAGUUUGGUUAUGACUUUUGGUAUCAGCCUUAUCACGAUGUUAUGGUUUCAUCUGAAUGGGGUAGUCCAAAGCACUUUAAGACAGGCUUACACAAUGACGACGUUUCUAACCCGGAAAGAUAUGGGACUUCCCUAAACGUUUAUAAAUGGUCAACCCAGGAGCUAAUACAAGUCAUAGACUUAGGUAGGGAGGGUUGUGCGCCUCUUGAGAUCAGAUUCCUUCAUGAUCCUAAAUCCCCGGUGGGAUUUGUCGGAUGCGCUGUCGAGGCUAAUGUAUACAGGAUCCAUAAGUUGGACGAUGGAAAAUGGAACGCGGAUAAAGUAAUCGAUGUUCCCGCGGUAACAGUUUUGAAAAACGGCGUGGAAUCUAAAAUUAAUGGCUUAAUGUCUGAUAUCCUCUUGUCUCUGGAUGAUAAGUAUUUAUAUUUUUCGUGCUGGAUGCAAGGAGAAGUCAGUCAGUAUGAUGUAACUGAUCCAAAGAACCCAAAACUUACAGGCAAAGUUCAUUUAGGUGGAAUAAUUUCUAACCAAGGUCUAAAAAUCGUUGAAAAUAAAAAGCUAAAGGAACCCCCCAAGCCAGUAAUAGUAAAGGGAAAGAAAUUACUUGGAGGUCCUCAAAUGCUGCAGUUAUCUUUGGAUGGAAAGCGUCUUUACGUAACUUCGUCAUUAUACACCCCUUGGGAUAAACAAUUAUUCCCACAAAUGGCUAUAGAGGGAGGCUGGAUGGUCAAGUUGGACGUAGACACGGUUAAUGGAGGCAUGAAAUUGGACCCGGAUUUUCUUGUCGACUUCGGUAAAGAGCCAAACGGUCCCGUAUUAGCGCAUGAAAUGAGGUAUCCAGGCGGCGACUGCACUUCUGAUAUUUGGUUGGCUGAAUAAUAACUACGUAAUCAUUCUCGUGCUAAUAUGUUUAUAUGCUAUCUCCUACUAUAUGAUAACUAGUAUCAGUAUAUUGUAUAUAUUAUACGAUACAAAUAAUAUAUCAAAACAUAAUACGAUUUUUGUACAAAAAUUGAUCGAUUACAGUAAUAAACGUGCAUAAUUUGA